AUGACUGCCUGUUUUUUCUGUCUGUUCUUAUCUAUAUGUCUGUUUACAUCUAUAUAUCUCUGUUCCUCUUCCCUUUCUUUUUCUUUUAUUUCUAACAAAAAUAUUAGUAUACCAAGUGUCGUCACUAGAGACACGUUUUCAAGUAUAACCUUCCCUAGUCAGAUGACUGACGCAGCUAGACGUAAGGCAGAAAACCAUUGUCUCCCAAUUAGGGGAUUAAGUGAUUUAUUAAAUUACUCUUUUCUCACUUUCAUUUUCUCUCUCUCUGUCUCUCUGUCUAUCUCUCUGUUUCUUUCUCUAUUUCAUUUCUUUUUCGCGCGCGCAUUCUUAAACUGUCGCCGUCUUUGUCUUUCACGGAUUUUUUAUUUGCCAUUUGAUUUCGUUUUCUUUCUGUCACGUUAUUUCUUGAAUUCUAGAUACGUUUCUCGAUUUCUUUCUCUCUGUCAGAUUGUUAACCUCUCGUUUUUCUCUCUAUUUCUUUCUUUCUCGGAUUCUUAUCUCUCUCUGUCUUUUCUCACUUUCCUUCUCUCUCUCUCUCUCUGUCUUUUCUCACUUUCCUUCUCUCUCUCUCUCUCUCUCUCUCUCGUAUUUUUUUGUCUGUCUCUUGACUUUUCCUUUUUUCUAUCUUUCUCGGUUUCAUAUCCGUCUUCUGAUAACCCCCCCUCUCUCUCUUACGCUCUCCUUCUCUCUCUCUCUCUCUUUCUCAAAUUUAUCAUCUAUCUCCUGAUUUUUCUUGCUCUUUCUCUCUAG